AUGAAGCAGAAAAUUUUCCUCCUGAAAUAUUUCUUUGCGUCGUUAGGAAUAGUUGUUGCUGGACCGAACAACAUUGGUGCACCCGUAUCCCAGCAUCAGCUCGAGGAUAUUUAUAUACCGAAAAUCCUUAGUGGGGUUACCACCCAGAUCAUUACCUCAACCACCACCACCACCACAGUCAUCAAGGCUACAACCACUGUUAAAACCACUGUUUGGGACACAAUCCGCCCUACCACAUGCACACGGACUACCACGAUCUGGGCAACAGGGGGAGUCACAUCCACGAUGUGGGUUAAGGAUCCCGAAAUAGUGACCUCAUAUGAAACCGCCCCUUGUAUCCUUUCUAUCGAAUCUAUCGGAACCUCCCAUCACUCAACAGGAUUCCCAACUGGUGCCCCGACAUUCCGCCCCCACUCGCGACAUACUAGAGUUGUUGAAAACCAGGACUAUACUACUAAAGGGACCCGAGUCACUGAUUGGAGGGCAACGGCAACGAUAAAUAACAUUUCACUCCCCCCUCCCCGGGCGCCUCGCGAAUGGGUCAAUGAAGAACAUCCCGACCACGACGGUUGUAGGAACAAGCGCCUUUCUCCACAUUACUUCAUUCAAGCCAGUUUGGAACUAAGCUCCCACAAAUUCGAAGACACUAAAGACCAUUAUGUUUACAAAGGGGCAUUCGGGUUUCCGAAAAGCGAUUGGGAGAGCCAAGAUUUAGAUCAUGAGUCCCUCGCUACAAAACGCCCAGUCCUCUGUUUUAAGGGUACUCACGCGAGAAUUUAUAAUAUGCAGAACAGGCCGAUUUACAUCGUUGCUUUGAGCUUGAUACCAGUCGAAGGCGCAUUCCCUGGAGUUUUGAACACACGCACCCAGAAGCUCGAUGUGGGGUUCAAAUUCUACAAUCAGUUUGAACGCCGUGAGCUGGAUGGCCCCCAUCCAUCGGCAGAUACGCUUAUUUAUCGACAGGGCUUUACGUUAGAAGACAAUCAACGUAUAGAGCAAGGCCAAGCUUUUGAAAUUAUGUAUGGACCCGAGAAGAGAGACGGUCAAAAUAUAGCUUUCUAUGAUACCCACUUUUAUUUGGCGGAUGUUCUAGGUUGCUCAUAA